AUGUCGAAAAGAGCCGCUGACGCCUCCGACGACGCCGCCGCCCUCAAGGCCGGCGAGCGCCCGCUCGCCGAUGCCCCUCCCGACGAGAUGGGCGAGUUUGAGGACGAGUAUGAGGACGAGUUCGAGAGCGAGGACGAGAUUCUGGAGGCUGGUGUUGACGGACGACCGGAUGCCGAGCGCGAGGAAGAGGAAAAGGCCGACGCCAUGGAAGUAGAUCAACAAACGUUCAUCCCCGGUCGCACGAAACUCGCGCCUGGUGAGGUCCUCUCCCCUGAUCCCUCUACAUACGAUAUGCUCCACACUCUCAGCACGCCGUGGCCGUGCUUGUCCUUUGACAUUGUCCGCGAUACCCUGGGCGACAACCGGAAGACCUAUCCCGCGACGGUAUAUGCGGUGACUGGAACACAGGCAGAGGGCCGUCGGGCGAAGGAGAAUGAGCUGAUGGUUCUGAAGCUGAGCGGACUGAGCAAGAUGGAGAGAGAGAAUGAGACAGACUCAGAGAGCGACUCGGACGACGACGAAGGGGGCGAGGCCAUUCUCGAGCACAAGAGCAUUCCUCUCGGGUCUACGGCCAACCGUAUCCGCGCCCAUCAAACUCCGCAAUCCGACUUCACCAAGCCACCGCAAACCAUCACCGCGACCAUGCUGGAGAACUCGCAGGUUGUCAUCCACGACGUCACUCCGCACCUUACUAGUUUCGACGUACCCGGUACCAUGCUUCCUCCCUCCGCCUCCAAGCCCCUGUCUACUCUCCGCAUGCACAAGUCCGAAGGAUACGCCCUCGACUGGUCUCCCCUCCAGCCGCUUGGAAAGCUCCUUACUGGUGACAACGACGGUUUGAUUUACGUUACAACUCGCACUGAAGGCGGCGGUUGGGUAACCGACACCCGCGCAUUCCACGGCCACACCUCCUCGAUUGAAGAGCUGCAAUGGUCACCCAACGAGAAGAACGUCUUUGCUUCUGCGAGCAGCGAUGGAACCGUCAAGGUCUGGGACGUCCGUUCGAAAUCGCGCACGCCUGCCGUCAACGUCAAGAUCUCCAACACCGAUGUCAACGUCAUGACCUGGUCGAAGCAGACUUCCCAUCUUCUCGCUACCGGUGCCGAUGAUGGUCAAUGGGCCGUCUGGGAUCUGCGACAUUGGAAGCCUAGCCCGUCCUCCUCCGCCCCGAUCACCGCGUCACCUGUCGCUUCAUUCGACUUCCACAAGGAGCCCAUUACAAGUAUUGAAUGGCACCCGACGGACGACAGUGUCGUUGCUGUCGGAUCAGCCGAUAACACCGUCACCCUCUGGGAUCUUGCCGUCGAGCUGGACGAGGAAGAGAGCCGCGAGGCUGGACUCAAUGACGUUCCGCCGCAGUUGCUGUUCGUUCACUACAUGGAGUCAGUCAAGGAGCUGCACUGGCAGGCUCAAAUGCCCGGUACGCUUAUGGCGACUGGUAGCAGCGGUUUCGGUGUCUUCAAGACGAUCAGUGUCUAA